AUGGUAGCAACAAAUCAAAACGGCGAAACUGAUUCACAAAGAGUCACUAUUUAUAUUGAACCUUCCGAAAAUGCCAUAAAUGGAUCAAAUGAUUUAUUGUCGCUGACAAUAGAUCCACCCCAAUAUUCAGGACCUGGUGAUGUUGUACGUCUUCAAUGUACUAUUUCAGACGAAUCUCAGUAUGCAUUAAAAUGGUCAAAAGCAGGAAAUCAACCAUUGCCAUACGGAUCUGAACAAAGCGGUGGUCUUUUGACUCUCAACCGUCUUAAACCCUCCAACUCUGGCACGUACGUUUGCUCAGCAAUCUCAUAUAGGUCUGGAGCAAUUGAAUCAGAAGUCGAAGUACCAGUCAAUAUUGUGCAAAGAAAAAAUCCACCAAGCUUACGCAUCGAACCAGACAGGCAAAUAGUUCCACAAGGUACACUAGCAGAACUCAGAUGUUUGUCAACUACUGAUUCCAAUCUUCAAGUACAAUGGUUUAAAAUCAAUGAAAAUUUAACACCAAAUGUUCAGUGGAUCUUACUACGCAUACCAUCAGCUCAAGUCAAAGACCGUGGUAUUUAUGUUUGUAAAGCUACAAAUGAAGGUGGAACAGCACAAGCAUCUUCUAUUAUCGAUGUUGAACGAAGGGAAGCUCCGACUAUUGAACUAUAUCCAAGUGCUAGACAAGUCGUAACUCUUGGAGGUAGUGUACUAUUCCAAUGCCGAGUAACUGGAGGAAUUCCUACACCUAAUAUAAAAUGGACCAGGCGCAAUGGUGAAAGUUUACCUAGACAGGUGGAAGAGAUUCCACCUGGAGUAAUAAAAAUCACUGGUAUAGAAGCUUCCAGUGCAGGAGAGUAUGUUUGUGAAGCAAGGAACAAUGCUGGCAUGACUUCAGCUAUAGCUAUUCUUGAAGUCCAAUCUCUCCCUGUUAUUAAGUUAAGACCAUCUGGUAUUAUAACUGUACUACCAGGAAAACAAGUUAAACUUCAUUGCCAUGCUAGUGGAAACCCAACGCCUACCGUGACAUGGACUAAGCUUACACAGGGUUAUCCCUCUUACCAGGAAUCUCGCAGUAACACGGGAUCGUCCGAUAUAGUUGAAUACAUUAUAGAUAAUGCUCAACCAUCAGAUACUGGAACUUAUUCCUGCGUAGCACAAAAUUCUGCCGGACCCGUGAAAGACCGAAUACAACUAAUUGUGUCUGACGACGUGAACGAAAUAUCUGGUGGAGAAAACGAAGGAGCAACAAAUACAAAUGAAGAGGAAAAUAAAACAUCUGGACCAUUUAGAGGUGAUAUAGCCGGAAAUGACGAAAAUGGAGGCGUCAUUCCUAAUACAAAGGCCGAAGAUGAAUUAGUGAAUUUGGUAGGAUCUAGAGCAGUCCUCACUUGCAAUGCUGAUGCAACUGCAAUUAGAGAUCGCAUUAAAUUAACAUGGUUGAGAGGUAACCAACUCUCAUUAUCAGAAGAACAUGAUAUUAUCGAUAAUAUGCUAGUUUUAAGAAAUGUUCAGAAAUCGGAUCAAGGACUGUACAACUGUAUAGGUAUUGAAUCCGAUGGAACUGUUGUGUUUAGUCGAUCCAUUACAUUAAGAGUAGUUGAACCUCCAAGAAUUGUUUUGAACCCAACUCGACAAGUAGUUAAACGAGGUGACAACGCUCAAAUUAUAUGCACCGCAGAUGGAGAUCAACCUAUUACUAUUACCUGGUCGAAAUUGUCGAGUCGCUCACUACCACCUACUGUACAGACGAGUGGUGGAUAUUUAAGAUUUAAUGGUAUUACUGAACAAGACGCUGGUAGAUAUUUAUGUAAAGCUGCAAACAACAUUGGUGAAGCUGAAUCUGUUGCUGAAGUCUUAGUGAAUGAUAACUCACGAGAUCGUCCUGCUCCAAUCAUCAGAGCUAUUGAUCGCAACCAAGAAGUAUUCGAAGGUGGAAACACUAAUCUCCGGUGUGUGCUUCCCAGAUCAAGCGAACAAUACACCGUGAAAUGGAGUCGUAACCGAUCACCACUUCCACAUGAUAGUCAAAUACGCGGAGACGUAUUAAGCUUACGAAACUUACGUUUAAAUGACACUGAUCGUUAUUUAUGUAAAGUUGAUAGUCCGUACGGUUCAACUUAUGACUACAUAGAUCUCCGUGUUCUCUCAUCUUGUCUGAUUGACGAGUUCCGCUGUAACGACGGGCGAUGCAUUUAUUAUACACAAUAUUGCGAUGGUAUACCUCACUGUUCCGACGGUUCGGACGAAGAAGAAACGUGUUUGGAGAAGAAAAAUAGAAUUGGUUUGUAAUUAUAUAAUUGAGUAUAUUUAGGUAUAUCUUUUGUUUUGAUUUUUUUCAAUAAAUUUUUGUCAAUUAAAAAAAUAAAAAAUUGUUCACAUAAAA